AUGUGGGAAGUGAAGUGGCAAAGUCUCCGCAAUUUGGGAUUUUCUGAUAAUGACAUGUUCGUGAUUCUUAGGAAGCAACCAACAGUCUUUUCGACUUCUGGAAAUAAAAUUAAGAAUGUGAUAGAGCUUCUGCUUGCUACCAGGAAGUACGAUAUGUCCAGCAUUGUCACUUCCCCGUCAGCACUCGGGUGCAGCAUAGAGAAGAGGCUUGCGCCGCGGCUGCAAAUUCUGAGGCUUCUGGAAAGCCUUAUUAUGAUGAGAUUGGCGAAGAACACAUCACUCGGAGAUACAUGUCGAGGGCCAAAGGCAUUGAAGCUUUAAGCUGAUGCUUGAGGAACUGGUAUGCUCAUUAUAUAUAGAUUUUAGCCUUGUAUUGCUUUUCUGCUGAGAAUUGUGACAUUUGGAAGCAUGUUCGUGUUCGUAUUAUUUUUGUUACUGCUUGUCGUGAGAUUACAAAAAAUCGGUGUUGCUUGUUUAAUGGUCCACCGAUGAGGUCUUGUCCGAGUGGCAAAGCUGAGGCAUCAGAGCAAGUCUCACCUAAGCGUGGGCUAUAUUUCCAAUUUAUUUGGAUUUCGUUCAAUUUGUAUUAGUUUCGUUAUUGCCAGAAUUAUUGAGAACAUGUGCAAGUGCAAGUUAUUGAGAAAUCUUCUUAAUAUAUUCGAUUCAAGAUA